UAGAAAGCAAUGCAAUGAAUACAAUAACGUAUUGAAUAGUGUUGUCUAACAGUCAGCUGUUAUGCCAUUGCUAUUCACCUGACAUUACCUACUCAUACCUCACUGUCCUGAACUGUACACCUCAACCAUGAUUUCAUGUCAUUCACAGACACACCACCAGAUCCAGUGACAGAGUGACAGUUCAGUCAUACAGUCCAGUGUUACUCAACCAAUGCUAGCAUUCAUUGCAAUCAUUUGCAUCUAAUUUGACACUAAAAUGACGAUUGAUUUCAGGGACUACUUCUGGGAAUUGAUGAAAGAGAUAAUGAAAUACAGCGACGAACAGCAUAAGAAGCAAAAGCAGACAAAAACUGAAGAGUUAGUGACCGUUGAAGUGGUGACGGAACUGAAGGAAACGAUCAUCAGUUUAAAUAAGGCCAAAGAGUUUUAUAACACAAAAGUGAUUGAAUUGGAAAAAGUGAAGCGAGAGAACGGAUCCCAAAAGGACAUCGAGAAGGCAGAGAUACGGCUCAACAAAGCCUGCACUGAUUACAAGCAAUUGAUUGAGAAGUAUGCAAACGUUAAGGAGGACUACGAAAACAAAUUUGGUGUCUCGUGUUUGCAUUUCCAACAAAUAGAAGAGCAACACAUCAGACAAAUGAAGGAUUUUUUGAUGAAUUAUUAUCAAGUGUUAGAAAGCGGUCACACACUCAUAGGUCAAGUGCACCUCGAGUUCAAGCAAUGUUGUAAUGAUUUAACUGUCAAUAAAUUACUCGAACAAUUCGUCACCACUAAGGGCACCGGUAGUGAGAGGCCAGAGGUGUACCACUUCGAAGAAACGGACAUUUCAGCGAUAAGUGCGACCAAAAGCAGUGAUCUAUUGGAUCUGACAAAUGGGGAUAAAGUGCCCAAAAAAGAAGGUAAACAUAAUUAUAGUCGUCAUAUGAAAAGCAAACCCUAUUCCCGACGCACGGCAUCACUUCUGGAUAUAUUUCGCUCGUCAACCGCCACCGCUGGCAGUGGGUUUCUGAGGAGUAAAAGACAAAAAGCUAUGGAAAAGAAGAAGAAAAAGAAGUCGGAGAUGAGUGGUUCCAAAGAAGACAACUGCAGUGUCGAGACUAAGGAUAGUAACAGUAGUGAUGUGAUGAGUGCAGUGAGUGCUCCCAAUUGUGAGACACCGGUUGUCGACGACGAGGGAUAUAUAAUUCGUCCCAAUUUUGGCAAUGAAACCAAUUCUGACAAUCAUUUCUAUUCGAGUUCUGACUCCGAUUCCGAAGAGGAAAAGGAGCAGAAGAUUCGCAUCAAAAUAAAUCCCUUAACAAACGGAGCGCCUAUUAGUGCCAGUGUUGAUGAACUGAUCGCCAGUGCCGGCACUCUAUCUCUUUCGCCCAUAACUCAACACACGAACCGUCGAGUGUAUACUUCGAGUACAUCCCCGGCCCCAGACGAUAGCCAAAUGAAACGAUCCAUUUCUGCAAACCAUAACAUAUCUAAAGCUGAAAACGAUUUGAUAAGUGUUUUUAGUUCUUCGCUGUCGAGUGCCUCCACUCCUUCGGGAAUCGCCGAACAAAAGCCAAACAAUUCAACGAAUUCUAACUCUAAUACAAAUUCAGUGAACAGUUACUCAUUUAAAGCUCCGGCGACAGCACCGGCCGAUAGAUACGCAGCUCUGAGUGAUCUCUUCACUGAGUCCAUCAAUGAGGCGACCACUGUAUUGUCGAAAAGUAUGUCGGCGUCUAUAUUAGGGCCUCCAGUGUUAGCAUCUCUUCCACGGCCGGCAUCUAAACGCAAUGCACACACAUCUCCACAGCUGUCCCACCAAAGCAGUCACGCGAGCACUAUCUCCCGGUGCGAGAGUGUCAGCAGCUUAUCGAGCGAUUUCCGAAUGACACCCAUUUCUGUGGGCUCUUCACGAGGACCCUCUCCUCUUACACUUGGAAUCUCAGACGCCGUUCCCAUUGCUAUUGCACUCCAAGAGUCAAUCAGCGCCUGCUUUAAGGGCAUUGACGAAAGCAAAUGUCAGGUUCAGGUGGUCGGCAGUUUGAAAAUGGCGUUCCCGGCGGGCAUUGUCCAGGCCUUUGCCAACAAUCCAUACGCCUCUCCACUCACUUUCAAACUCAAUAAGUCUUCAAAAUUGGAAAGUAUUUAUCCGAACAAAGAACUACUAAUUGAAAAUUCAGAGUCUUUGAGAUCAAUAACUAGUGAUUCUUCGAGUUUUGAGGUGAAUAUGUGUGCACUCAUGUCACACAUCCGGCGCCUCUACGAACAGUCACCCAAUUCUCGGUAUUAUAAUAUCGAUGUUUUGAAAUAUCAAAUCCGUUGUCUUCAGGGGGCAAAGAGUACGCCCUUACAGUUGGUCUCCUAUUGGAAGUGUGAGCCCCAGACGACCAGUUUGAAAGUGGACUACAAAUACAACGGCUCGUCCUUAGCUCAGACGGAAGCGCUGAGAAAUGUGUCCAUUUAUGUGAACGUUGACGGCGAACCACGUUCUAUGCAAUCACGACCCGACGGCAAAUGGAACGCCGCCACAAAACAGGCCGUCUGGCGCUUUGACCGACUUUCCAAUACAUCUGCCCCUCAAGCGGGAGGUCUGGCCGGUCUGGGCUCUAUUAAAGCCAAAUUUGAAUUGUCUUCAGGACCGUCCACUCCCAGUGUAAUUCAGGCGCAGUUCACGUGUUUAGACACAACUGUGUCGGGCAUUGAGUUCGAGUUAACGGCAGUCGGAUAUCGCGUAUCUCUAGUCAAGAAACAAAUUUGUUCCGGUAUUUAG